AUGACAACUCAAACAAGGAGUGGGAAACCGGUGGCUUAUUGUGGACAAUGUGGGGAACCGGUUCAUGGUCAAUUUGUCAGAGCUUUACAGAAAGUUUAUCAUUUGGAUUGUUUCCGAUGCAAGGACUGUAACAAAGUCGUCGCUACGAAAUUCUUCCCUGUAGAGGAUCAAGAAGGACAAUAUCCUUUAUGCGAAAGAGACUAUUUCGCCCGCUUGGACCUCAUCUGUUCGCAAUGCAAUCAAGCCCUGCGGUCAAGCUACAUCACAGCCUGUGGGAUGAAAUUUCACGUCGAACAUUUCACAUGUUCAGAAUGUGACACCGUGUUUGGUCCAAACGAUAGUUAUUAUGAACAUGGUGGUCGUGUCUAUUGUCACUAUCAUUAUUCCACAAAGUUUGCUGUUAAAUGCGUUGGUUGCGAAACGGCCAUAUUGAAGCAAUUCGUGGAAAUGAACAGAAAUGGCAAGGAUGAAUGUUGGCAUCCAGAAUGUUACAUGAUUUCAAAGUUCUGGAACGUCCGACUAGCCUCGAAAAACUUCACUACUCCCAAUUCUUCCGCCGUCAAUUCUACUGUCUCAUUACUCGAAAUGACACCUCGAUCAUCAACCACACCCGGUCUCACCCCAGGAUCACCGCCGACAACUUUGAGCGCCAGUCCGCAUUCAGAAGUCUCCAUGACGCCCGAAGAGUUGAAAGAGCGUCAGGAAGCUAUGGAGAUGAAGGUUCAACAGAUUUGGCAUGUGUUAUCGGGAUACGAAGAAAGUUCCGCGGCUCUCAUUGGAGACAUGUUAAGAGCUGUCAACGGGAGACAAUUGUUGGAUAUCAUUUUACUUGCUGAGAGGUUCAUAUUGCAUGUGGAGGCUUUGUUCGCUGUGAUUGAUGAUUUGGAAGCCCAGUUCGCUUUGGCAGGCGCUAAAGGUAUGUCACACGCAAGAGAAGCCAAACAACUUUGUCGAAAAUUAGUCAACCUAUUCUCGAUGAUGUCUCAAAUAUCUCCAAAUGGUUCUUCAGUAGUCCCGAAUAAUCAAGAACUUUUCAAUCUAAUCACUCAAUUAGCCCAUUAUCUCAAGAUUUUGAUUCGUAUAGCUCUCACAGGCUCUAUCAAAUUAGAAAGAGAUUUAUCAAAUCCAACAGCGAUGACCAAUUGUUUAGGAAGAUUGAAUCUGUUGGCUAUGGAUGGUUCAGAUGCUACUGUAGUGAAACGUGAUCAAAUCAGGAAAUCUAUAGAUGCUUUGACUAGAAAACCACAAGGCUAUAUACCUAGUACACAAGGUAUAGCUUAUGGUUAUCGAUCACUUGCUGAUCGAUUUACGGGAUCAGUACCAUAUUAUAUACCUCCAGAAGGAUGUGCAGUCUGUCGUGCUGCCAUAGAAGAAGAUUGUAUUCGACUCGGAAUGUUCAACCGCUGGCAUUGCGCGUGUGUCGAUUGUAUGGUUUGUGGUGAAAAAGCUAUCGGUGCUAUCAUUGAAGAAGUUGAUUCAAAAUCUUCCGAAGAAACUUCAUCUGGAUCUCGUCCGAGCAAAUCACCAAAACGACAACAACCUAGAGUUGACGAGUUUUAUUACGAAGUUGCUAGUAGAAGAUCUGAACCACCUGAUGUUAUUUAUUGUCAGGAUCAUCGUUCGGCUUCCAGUCAAUUGGGUUUUGCGAGUGUGUCAAGGUUGGAACAAUAUGCUUUUUUAUUACAUAUAGCUUUGAGGAGGUUGUAUGUUCAUUUUAGGAUACAUCAUGAUUUGCCGAGUGUUCGAGGGAGACAUAUCGAAGACCCCACCGUCAUCGGACGAGCGGAUAUGGAAGUCAAAAGAAUGAAAUCCGUCACUCUCGAUCGUAAACUUUCUUCAACAGCCCGUAUACCACAACGAUCAACCGUAGUUGAAUCUCCAGCAGGUAGAAUGGCCAACGCAAAUGGAACCGUUGUUUCUGCCCGUUCCACUCAACCUCAAACUCAACCUUCAUCACUAUCAAUCUCUACCGAUAUCGCCGAUUCAUACGAUACAGAUGAUCCACCAGUACAAACAUCCAUAGACGUCUUACGUCCUCCUUUCGCGAGAAACAAUACCAGCGUUAUGAUUGUCAACGAACCAGGAGAAUACGAUCGAACUUUGGAAUCUUUAGCUGCGACUAGGAUGGUUCCUGAAGACGAUGCUAUCACUCUUGGUGAUAUACCAAUGUUAGCGGAUCAAAGUAGGAGUCAUGGAUAUGAUGGAAGACCUUUGUUGAGUGAUUUAAGCUUGUUACAAAGUUUGAUCAUUAGACAUUUCGCUCUGCUUCAAUUACAGAAAACUGGGAUUGGUCAUUUGAUAGAGUUGGAUGAUGUGUUGGAGUUGUUAGAUGCUAGGAAAGGUCAAUGGUGGAAUAAGAUUUUCAAGGGAAAUGCGAAAAAGGAUCAGAAAAAGAAAGGAGUGUUUGGCGUACCGAUAGAAGUAUUGGUCGAAAAGACAGGUUCAGACUCUCAAUUAGGAGCUUCGAACGCUCAUCUACGAGUACCAGAGAUUAUAGAGGAUAUCAUCUCUACCAUGAGACAAAUGGAUAUGGCCGUAGAAGGUAUCUUCAGGAAAAAUGGGAAUAUCCGUCGGUUACAACAAUUGUCCGAGGCUCUGGAUAAAGAUUCUGCCAAUGUCAAUUUGUCAGAGGAGAACCCCGUGCAGUUGGCGGCUUUGUUGAAGAGGUUUUUGAGGGAGUUACCGGAUCCUUUGUUGACUUUCCGACUUCAUAAGUUGUUUUGUGCUGCAGCGUCUCUGCAAAACGUUGACGACCGUCGACGAUGUCUUCACCUCCUCGUCACCCUCCUACCUCGUUCCAACAGAGACACGAUGGAAGUCCUCUUCGUCUUUCUCCGUUGGGUAGCCUCUUUCUCCUAUCGCGACGAAGAGACCGGAUCUAAGAUGGAUCUACCUAAUCUCGCCACUGUCAUCACCCCCUCUAUCCUUUACGCAAAAGGUGUUAACGCAGCGAAAGAUGAAUCUUUCAUCGGUAUUCAAGCCGUACAAGAACUUCUCGAAUCUCAAGAUGAUUUCUAUCAUGUCCCAUCAGAAUUAAUGUUUGUCAUCACGGAAAACAUUUUCAAUAUAUUCGCUAAAGAACUGGAUUUACCACCCAAAGAAAUUCAUCGACAUUGUUCUAAAUAUAUGCAAGCUCGUGGACCUUCUCGAACGGGAGGUAUGGGAGGAAGAAGUAGUGAUCCUCGUUUAAGUGUACAUCGUUCAGAUGGAACUUUGGCAAGUCUAGAUAGUGGGAAUACUACCGUUCUCCAAGGUAUAAAUGUAGGUUCCAAUGGACCUAUAAGUCAAGGACAAGGUCAAGGUCAAGGAAGUCAAUUCAGGGGUCCAAGUCCUGGUUCUGCUUCUGGUCAACAUUCAAGACCUACAAGUUGGAUACAACAUAGUAUGCCAGGAUCACAAAAUUCUUUACAUCAGACACUCGUUUCUCCUCCAAGUACCCAGGUCGCUCAGGGUGGGGGAACACCUUGGAGAGGUCCUUUUCAAGGAAGUGUGAAUGGGAGUAGGAAUUCUUCUAGAGGGAGUGCACCGAGUAGUCCGGGACCGGAUGAGAGGGAAAGGAAAUCUUUUCAGUUGGAGAGGGAAAGAGCUUGGACGCCGAAUCAAGAUCAUCGAUAG